AUGACGAGUUCAAGUAAAGUUUUCAAUGUUUCUGUUUUUUUUGUCGUUUUCAGAGAAUGUUUAGAAGCCGUUGUUGUUGUUUCGGUUUUAUUAUCCUUUUUAAAACAAUCUAUAGGACAGACAGAUCAGAGAUUAUACAAGAAAUUAAAAAUUCAAGUUUGGGUGGGUGUGGUUACUGGAUUUAUAUGCUGUUUGGCCAUUGGUGGUGGGUUUAUUGGUGCGUACUACAAUUUGCAAAAUGAUAUUUUUGGUGGUGCAGAAGAUAUGUGGGAAGGUAUUUUUUGUAUGAUUGCGACAAUUAUGAUUUCUGUGAUGGGUAUUGCAAUGUUAAGAAUUAAUAAAAUGCAAAGUAAAUGGAGAGUCAAAAUUGCUAGAGCUUUAGUGGAUGUUCCUAAGACCAGGUUUGGUAAAUUUAAAUUAGGAUAUUUGUCCAAGAAGUAUUGUAUGUUUAUCUUGCCAUGUAUUACAGUUUUAAGAGAAGGGUUGGAAGCCGUCGUUUUCGUUGCUGGUGCCGGUGUCACAACUGAAGGUUCGAAAGCUACUUCUUAUCCAUUACCGGUUUUUGUUGGAUUAGUUUGUGGCUGUUUGGUCGGAUUAUUCUUAUUUUAUGGUGGGUCAUACACCUCAUUGCAGUUUUUUUUGGUUAUCUCCACGUGUAUUUUGUAUUUAAUUUCUGCUGGGUUGUUUAGUAGAGGUGCUUGGUUUUUUGAAAAUUAUAGAUUUAAUAAGGCCACUGGGGGUGAUGCCAGUGAAGGUGGUGAUGGUAAUGGAUCCUAUAACAUUCAAAAGGCUGUUUAUCAUGUCAAUUGUUGUAAUCCGGAAUUAGAUAACGGUUGGGAUAUUUUCAAUUCUUUGUUGGGUUGGCAAAAUACUGGGUACCUAAGUUCUGUGUUGUGUUAUAACAUAUACUGGUUGGUUGUUAUUUUAUUUAUUGUAUUGUUAAUGCAUGAGGAAAAGACUGGACAUUUGCCAUUUUUCUCUAAAUUGAAAUUCAGACAUUUGAACCCAGGGUAUUGGAUUAAGGGUAAAUAUAAGAAGGAGAUGACUGAAGAAGAGAAAAAAAGGUUAUUUGAACAAAUGCAAAAACUAGGGUUUAAUGAGGAUGGUUUAACUGAACAGCCUGAUGAAGAUGGAGAGCCAAGGGAAAGUACUGAGAUACAUAGUAAUUUGGAUAAUUUAAGUGGUGAACAUCAAUUCCAACAAGAACUUGAACAUCAGCAGGAAAACAAAGAAUAUGAGACUGAUGACAAACAAGGUAAGAUCCAUGCGUAUAGCCAUGAAAUUUAG